CGGUCCCGCUGCCUCCUUGUCAGGGUCACCCUGGGCCGCGCGCACCUCCGCGGGAAGGCGGCCGCCUCGGGCAGUCCUUCCCGCCUCGGUCCUCGGGGGGCCCUCCCGGGCCGGAGGCUGGCGCUCUCGGGCCUGGGCUGCUUCCCAGUAGUUCUCUCCUCCCUGUCUUUGCUACUUCUUGCAUGUGGCCUUGUCAUUAACCCUUUCCCUUCUAAGGUAGGCCCCUGAGCCUAAGUUUCUCAGGCAGUCCAAGUACUUCAGCUCCUACCUGUCGUCGGUCCGCUCGGCGUCGGAGUACCUUUCUCCCAUCCGGGGAGGCGCCUCCGGUGGUCUCCAUCUUCCUUCCCUAAAGACACAGACCGGAGGAGCCUGUGGAGAUGAAACUUAUUUUCUUUCUUUCCUCUAACUUACGCUUCUGCUGCUGCUCCUUAGCACUGGUCAGCAAGCUGUUUCUUCCUUCAGCUGCUUCAGAAAGCAACUGCUCCUGGAGAGAGCUUUUGUCCCUGUGCACAAACUCCCCGGCUCCACUGUCACCCCAAGUCUAGGCCGGUCCAGGGCCAUUAAAUGUGUAAAUGUGAGCACCUGCCUGUACUUUGCUCCUGUGGCCCCGUUCUAUCUCCCGGAAAUCUUCGGAGAUUUUGAGAGUGACAGAUGAUUUCUUUCCCAGGGGCUCACGCUGAAGUUGCUUUUCUUUUCUGAUGUCCCUUUGCAAACUGAUCGUUAAAGACAUUGAACCAAAUAGGUUUUCCGUGAGCAAAGGGUGUUUAGGUCAUUCAGUCACCCAACAAAGAUUUUCCUGGGCACCUUUCCUAGGCGUGUGAUAAAACACUGACAGAAAGACAAGAGCAAAAGGAGGGGUCACCGGAUGUGUGUGUUUGUGUGUGUGUGUGUGCACGCGCGCGCGCGUGUCUAACAAUGGAUGGCUUUGGGGAGAACAUUACCUACCGCUCAGACUCCUAUUCCUCACACUCCGGCCAGUAGCCCACAAGUUUGAGUCUCCUGACUGUCAAGGUCACUCGAUGUUUUCAGACCUAGGUGCAAGCCAAACACAGGACACUGCAUUUGCGGUUUUAGCUCUGUUACUUCCCAGUCUGGGCCUUGGAGACAUCUCCCCCAGUGUUGCCCUACUAAUCUGUAAAGUGAACAGAUGACUCCCGAGUUUCCAUGGCAGUGAGAGAAGUAAUGACACUUGGUGGGCACCCUGUCCUUCCGGUAUUCUCAUGCUUGCUCACCUCCUUGCCUCCUCCCCACCCCCCUCUCUUUCAUCUUGUUUGAGACAAGACCUCCAGUAGCUGGGAGACUGACCUUGAACUUCUGAUUUUCCAGUUUUUAUCACCCAAGUACGUCACCAAGCCAGGCAUCCCUUUUGCUCUCUCUUUCCCUUCCCUGACUUCAGACCUCCCCUUCCCACCCUAGGCGACCCUCUUUGUGUGCUUGGGUAAUGGCAAAGUGCCCUGGUCUUUGUGAGUCUCUGUCCCUUAAGGGAAACUUUUUUUUUUUAACUCUUUAAAAAGUGCAAGCCUUGGUUGUUCUCUGUGGAGCUCAUAAAGAAAAAGUUUAUUGGUCUCAAUUAGCAGUCCCAUAAAGGAAGAAAAUUGGAGUCUUAAUGAGCUUUGUCUGAUUUGCAAAAUAACUCGUUUCUAGGCCUCUGGGCAUCGGAUGUGUGGGGUGAAAGCGCCCCCCCCCCAUGUUGGGUAGAGCUCCAGCCUUCCAUCUAGGUACAAAGGGUUAUGACUGAUGAGUUUUUAAUUGACUCUUUACAUUCAUUGAGUUGCUUCAUUGCGAUCUUAAGAUCUACAGUGUUUGGAACCAGGCCUCUGGGGCCACGGGGCUCAGGGAGAGAUGGUGCCAGAAACAUGAGUGGCAGGUCACUGAGCAUCACCUCAGUAGGAGCACAAAGAAAAGCAGAAAGCCAGGUGGCAUUGUGUGCUUAUCUCUCCCACCAGAGUCCCUGGAACCUCCGCUGUGGGAGCUCUGGGAUGGAGCCUGAGACAGUGCUGUGGGGCCCAGAGCUGCAGGGUCCUGAAGAGAGCCAGAACAAUGCUCACGGAGGUACUGAGAGCGGCAGUGAAGAGGAGAGUCCUCAGCAGGAAAGUUCUGGGGAGGAGGUCAUCUUGGGAGAUCCGGAUCAGAGUCCAGAAUCCAAGGACCCACCAGAGAUGCCCCUGGAGAACCCCUCCCAGGAUGCCUCAGCUCCUCAGGAUUCCCCAGCCCCUCUGGCUUCUUCCACCCCCUUAGACCACCAGACUCCUAUGGACCCAUCAGCUCCUGAGGUAGUCCCUUCCCCCUCUGAGUGGACCAAGGCCUGUGAAACCAAUUGGCAGUGGGGAACCCUCACCACCUGGAACAGCACCCCAGUAGUCGCUGCCAGCGAACCCAGCCUCCGGGAGCUGGUGCAGGGCCGCCCUUCUGGGGCCGAGAAGCCGUACAUCUGCAACGAGUGUGGCAAGAGCUUUAGCCAGUGGUCCAAACUGCUCCGGCACCAGCGCAUCCACACGGGGGAGCGGCCCAACACUUGCUCAGAGUGCGGCAAGAGCUUCACCCAGAGCUCGCACCUGGUGCAGCACCAGCGCACGCACACGGGCGAGAAGCCCUACAAGUGCCCCGACUGUGGCAAGUGCUUCAGCUGGAGCUCCAAUCUGGUCCAGCACCAGCGCACGCACACGGGCGAGAAGCCCUACAAGUGCACGGAGUGCGAGAAAGCCUUUACACAAAGCACCAACCUCAUCAAGCACCAGCGGUCCCACACGGGUGAGAAGCCCUACAAGUGCGGCGAAUGCCGGCGCGCUUUCUACCGCAGCUCCGACCUCAUCCAGCACCAGGCCACACACACAGGCGAAAAGCCCUAUAAGUGCCCCGAAUGUGGCAAGCGCUUCGGUCAGAACCACAACCUGCUCAAGCACCAGAAGAUCCACGCAGGGGAGAAGCCAUAUCGCUGCACCGAGUGCGGCAAGAGCUUCAUCCAGAGCUCAGAGCUGACCCAGCACCAGCGCACUCACACGGGGGAGAAGCCCUACGAGUGCCUGGAGUGUGGCAAGAGCUUUGGCCACAGCUCCACGCUCAUCAAGCACCAGCGGACGCACCUGCGUGAGGACCCCUUCAAGUGCCCCGUCUGUGGCAAGACCUUCACGCUGAGUGCCACGCUGCUGCGCCACCAGCGCACCCACACCGGUGAGCGGCCCUACAAGUGCCCCGAGUGCGGCAAGAGCUUCAGCGUCAGCUCCAACCUCAUCAACCACCAGCGCAUCCACCGUGGGGAGCGGCCGUACAUCUGCGCCGACUGCGGCAAAAGCUUCAUCAUGAGCUCCACGCUCAUCCGCCACCAGCGGAUCCACACCGGCGAGAAGCCCUAUAAGUGCUCCGACUGUGGCAAGAGCUUCAUUCGCAGCUCGCACCUCAUCCAGCACCGCCGCACGCACACGGGCGAGAAGCCCUACAAGUGUCCCGAGUGCGGCAAGAGCUUCAGCCAGAGCUCCAACCUCAUUACGCACGUCCGCACGCACAUGGACGAGAACCUCUUUGUGUGCUCAGACUGCGGCAAGGCCUUCCUGGAGGCUCAGGAGCUGGAGCAGCACCGCGUGAUCCAUGAGAGAGGCAAGACACCUGCCCGGAGAGCUCAGAGUGACAGCUUGCUAGGACUUGGGGAUCCUGCCCUGCUGACCCCGCCACCGGGGGCCAAACCUCACAAGUGUCUGGUCUGUGGCAAGGGCUUCAAUGACGAGGGCAUCUUCAUGCAGCACCAGCGGAUUCAUAUCGGAGAAAACCCCUACAAAAAUGCAGACGGUCUCAUAGCACACCCGACCUCCAAGCCUCCGCAGUUCCGCUCCCCUAGGCUCCCCUUUGGGGGCAAUUCACAUCCAGGUGCUUCGGAGAGCAGAGCUGACCCCCCAGGACAGUCCUUAAAAGUGCCUGAGGGUCAGGAGGGCUUCAGCCAAAAGCUGGGUCAACUCUCCUCUAAGUGCUAUGUUUGUCCCCACUGUGGAGAAAGCUUCCUCGACAGGGCGGUGCUCCUGCAGCAUCAGCUAACCCAUGGCAAUGAAAAGCCCUUUCUCUUUCCUGAGUGUAGGAUUGGCCUUGGGGAAGGGGCAGAGCCCAGUUCCUUCCUAAGUGGGAAGCCCUUUAAAUGCCCAGAAUGCAAAAAAAGCUUUGGCCUGAGCUCUGAGUUGCUGCAGCACCAGAAAGUCCAUGCGGGCGGGAAGUCCCAGAAGAGCUCGGAGCUGGGGAAGAGCUCCUCAGUGCUAUUGGAACAUCUCAGGAGCCCCUUGGGGGCCAGACCCUACAGCUGCUCUGAUUGUGGGGCCUCCUUCCUCGACCGGCUAGCUCUUACCCGCCACCAGGAAACCCACACUCAAGAAAGGGCCCCCACUCCUGAGGACCCCCCUUCAGAGUCAGUCACCUUGUCCACAAACCAGGAAGACGAGGGAGAGGCCUCUACGCCCCCAAAGAGCAGCAGCCACAGGGAAGAGGACAGUCCUAAAACUCUCCCAGAGGAAAAGCCCUAUCUGUGCCCUGAAUGUGGCGAUGGCUUCACAGAAGUCGCAACGCUCCUCCUCCACAGGAGCUGUCACCCAGGGGUCUCCCUGUGAAGGAGGUCUGGAGACCAGGGACCUCUCUCUCCUGAGAAAUUGUGGGGAAAGGAAACCAACCCCAUCAGGUCGUAGAGAAGUGGAGGGCCAAGAACCCUGGGAAGAAUUAGUGCUUUUGCGUCAGCGGUGAGAAGCCUAUGAGAUUGUGGGUGGGGACCACUUAUAAGCCGUAGAGAAAAACUGCUGGGUUAGAAGCCCCAUACAUAUGUAGGAAAAAAGCCCUUUAAGUCUGUAGCAGAGAAACCCUAUAAACCAUAGUGGGUAAAAGCCCUGUUAACCGUAGGAAGAGGUUCUAACACGUCUCUAGACAAACCCAUAAAACUGUAUUAAAAUCCUUCUCAGAAUCUUCUAGGGUGGGGGAGGUAUAGGCAAUACAGUCGGCACUGACUUGGGAGGUGCCCUGGAUGGCGGGGAAAACACCUGAACUCUUGUAGUAUUCUCUCCUGACAGCCUUGGAUAGAGGAGCGCGCUCAGCAGGGAAGUUGUGCAGGAACUCAGUAGAGCUAGAAAGGAAGAGAAGUGGGGAGGGAAUGGCCAGGCGCUUCCAGACCCACAGGUGAGAGAAGACAUCCAUUGCACUAGAGGUUCUUUGGUGAAUUGCAUGUACUAGGGAAAGGAAGACUGGGGGGUUCCUUAUCAAUAAGAGCCCCCCAGAAAUGACAAGCCAUUUUAAAGGCUGGAGUUUGGGGUGUAUAACCAACCUUGAGUGUAAGUAAGACUAUUGAGAAAAUGUUGAGAAACCACCUCAGCUAUUAGGGGAAAGUUAAGCCUGUUUGAAGGGAAGCAGAGCACGGUGGAGAAACUGCAGCUGGAAGCUAGCCAGUUCCUCCUCCUAGGAGCAUGUAAGCUUCAAGUGCAAGCAGAUCCCAGUUCAGGCCGUCAGGGUUCUCCUCAGACAGGCAGGACCAGCCUUUCCCCAGCCCAGCUGGGGAUGUCUACUCUGAGAGGCCUCUGGGGUUUCAGGGGGCCUCUGCCACAUUCUCAGGUCUCACAGGUUUUACCUGAAAGCUAACUGCCACAAGGUUUACUGCAGUGGCAACCCGUUUCCUCGAAUUCUGUCCUCCGUGGAGAGAGCCACUCGCUGCUAGUCAACUUCCAAAGAAUAGAUUCCUUCAGAGAUACAAGGCUUGUAUGUUCUUGUCCUCCCUGGACUUCUACAAGUUCAUGAGAGAGAGCCACUUGUGGGUUCUCUGGUUACGAGGGGUGGCAAGACAACAGAACAGGCAGCUUUGAUUUACCAGCAACAAGAGUCAAACCUCAGCCUUUCGUGUGAACUCUGUGUAAGGCUGCCUGCAGGGUGAGCCGGGCUGCACAUGGCGGUUCGACACAUGGCACAGACUGGACCAGAGUUCCCGAAGAGGCAAUGGAAACUUGACCACCUUCUCAUCCCCAAUACCUGGAUGCCCCUGAGGUGGGGUGGCAAAUUUGAUCCUGGCUCGGGGAAGGGACAGAUUCCAUCUGAUCCUUUUGGCUUUUCUCUCCUUAGCCAGAAACCACUGGAGGGAAAUUAAAGGAUGAGACGUGCUCCUCUGCCAGGUCCAUCUCCUCCUCAGACAGCACAGGCUAGACCAUUCAUCCAGCCAAACCUGCUUACAUGACUGGAGCUCUGUGAUGGACCAGAGACAGUUGCCCUAUAAAGUGGUUGGAGAAAAACUUUGGCGAGAAACAUCUGUGACGAAGACCCUUAAAGUUGGGAAGGACUCUCCCCUGUAUUUUGGUUGCAAAAAGAGUGUCCUUACUCAGUGCUGUUGUUAGUGACACACUAUCCAGAGUAGGAGGACUGAGAUACCACAUAAUAUGGCUCUAGGAGUCCUGUACCCAAGAGUGACCUGGAUCCCUCCAAUGCUGAGGAAGAGACAUCUAAUUCCAUUACCUAAAAGUUCAAAAGGUAGAGGCCCAUCAUCCUUCAUCUAUCCUGUUCCCAGAUAGAUGACCCUCAAAAUUUAAAGGACCAAAAUCUAGAAUACUGGGAGAAAAAUGCCAGUCCUCCUGGGGAGAGAGAAAGGGCAGGCCUUAUACAAUUACAGGAGAGCCUUGCUAGGGUCCCAAGUAUCAGGUCGGGGGAAGCACCGUGAGAUGGAGAGGAGCCCAUCUGAUAGUGACAGAAAUACUGAUAAAGGGGUGUCCUUAUAAAAUGGAGUAGAUACUCUCCUAAGUAUAAGUUGAUUCGUCCCCCUCUAAGGUGGUAGCAGAAACUAGAGUUAUCCUUUGUAAAACUAGGGGCAGGCUCCCUGUGACCCAAGCCUGAGAGUCUGUCAUCAGAAGACUGCCGAGGGUAGGUGCUCAGUGUAGUCAUGGCUAACUAGACUGUUGAGGACUAAGAUGUAGCAUAUGGGAUAGGAUGCUCACAUGUUCUGGAGACAAGUGAGGGCUGUGGUCUCGACUCCAGUACUGAAUGGACCAUGUGCAUAGGUGGUGCCUGGACUUCCUAGUAGGAAAAGGGCAGAGAGAGACCUUGUGGUGAGACCUGUUCUCUGGGCCACCUCCCUCUCACACCCAGCUACACCACAGAGGAAUCCGUUGCAGGGCCUGGCAUCCUUCUAACUGGCUCAGGAAGAGGUACUGAGUAUGGGAGGCAUAAUGGAGCUAACUCUAUCCUGGACCAGAGCCCUCAGAAGAGCACCUGGGGAAGAGCCCAGCAACCGUGGGCAGAGUCCAAGCAUGGGAGAGGGUGGAGCUGAUCUGCACUUAGGGAAAACUUAGAACUGAUGCUGAAUAUGGGGUCAAGUAGGAACUCAUAAAGGAACUGGGUAUGAAUCAUAAUUGGGGAGAGGACUUGAAACCAUCUGACCUCCCAGUCGGAAGUGAGCGGGUCCCAAGCAAAGGAAGCCCCGCCCACUUGCCUUCUGCCUAUGGAGUGAGGGGAAGUCCCCGUUUUCAGUGUUGUGUGUCAGUACCAGUGUUGUGUCGCCAGUCGUCAUGUUCCGUAGUUGAAGAGAAUAAAGGGAGCAAGGUUCC